GCAGAAAGCAAGGGGAAAAAGAGCUUCUGACAUUGAUGUUCCAGCCUGAAGCUUUAUUACUCUGUGCGAGGAGUGGAAAAUGUCAGACAGAUGCAGAGAUCCCCCAGUGUGCAGGCUGCAGUCAGCACAUCUUAGAUAAGUUUAUUCUGAAGGUGUUGGAUCGCCACUGGCACUCCAAGUGUCUCAAAUGCGCCGACUGUCACGCGCUUCUGGCAGACAAAUGUUUCUCGCGCGCAGGGAAUGUCUACUGCAAAGACGAUUUUUUCAAGCGUUUCGGGACAAAAUGUGCCUCGUGCCAGCAAGGGAUCCCCCCAACACAGGUGGUCCGAAAAGCUCAGGACUUUGUCUACCACCUUCACUGCUUUGCCUGUGUAAUGUGCAGCAGACAGCUGGCCACCGGAGAUGAGUUUUACCUCAUGGAGGACGGAAGACUUGUGUGCAAGGAGGACUAUGAAACAGCCAAACAAAAUGAUGAUUCUGAAACGGGAGCAAAACGUCCGCGGACCACCAUCACAGCCAAACAGUUGGAGACACUCAAAAGCGCCUAUAAGAACUCGCCGAAGCCAGCGCGACAUGUGCGCGAGCAGCUCUCCUCAGAAACAGGCCUAGACAUGAGAGUUGUGCAGGUAUGGUUUCAAAACAGACGAGCAAAAGAGAAGCGUCUAAAAAAGGAUGCCGGGCGCCAUCGCUGGGGUCAGUUCUACAAAAGUGUCAAACGCAAUCGAGGGUCCAGUAAAACAGAGAAGGAAAGCUCAGCGGACGACGCAGGACUCAGCGACAGUGAGCUUAGUUUCAGAGAAGACCAAAUCCUGUCAGACCUGGGUCAUAAUAACAGCUUGUAUGGAAGCGUAGGGGACGUCACCAAUGGCAACAUGCUGAAUGGGAGCUUUUCACUGGAGGGGGCCGGGCAGCCCUACCAUGACCUGCGGGCAGGAAGUCCCUAUGGCCUGCCACAGUCUCCCUCAUCCAUCACCUCUCUACCGGGCCACACCCCGCUGCUCAACAAUUUAGGCUUCAACAUAGAGGGCAUCAUGGGUCCGGGCGGUCAGGCCAAUGUAGGUCAAGCAUUGAGAGCCAUGGCCGGGGGACCCACCUCUGACCUGUCAACAGGAAGCAGCACGGGCUACCCAGACUUCCCCACCAGCCCUGCCUCCUGGCUCGAUGAAAUGGACCACUCGCAGUUUUGA